GUCUCUUGAAAGAGCGAGUGAGCUGUGGGGUGUCUAGCUCUCCGUCAUGGAGGCGCUCUGUUCGCCACAACUGGAGGCGCUCAGGUAUAGCGAGUUGCAGUGCCUGGCCAAGUCGGCGGGGUUGAAGGCUAAUCUCAAGGCAGCCAAACUGUUAAAUGUAUUAAAGCAGCACUUCCGUGAAGAAAAUAAAAAUAUGGACAACAAAAGGACAUCCCCAUCUACAGAUACUGAGGAACAGAAUGGCAGUCAAAUUUCCAUAAAUCCAUCCACAAUCACCAAAAGGCGUAGAAAACAGAAAGAUGAUAAUGCACAGGGAAAUAUGCAAGAAGAAAAUCUUAAUGAAGAGAAAACAGAACUGGAUUCAGAGAAAGAGGUCCCGAUAUUACUAAAAAAUUGUGAAGGAAACCCAGAUGCAGGAUUUGGAAAGAUACUGAGGAUAAACCAAAAUGAUGAAUCACAAAACAGUGGAACAGCAGGAAACUUAGAAGAUUUUAUCACUCCAAGUCAACAAAAAGAAAAAAAUUCUACUAGGCAAAAAGGAGUUGAAAGUAAAACUUUUCUGGAUUCUCUUUCUGGAAAGAAAACUACUUACACAGGAAGCAGGUCUGCCACUCCAGAUUUUAAGAAACUUCAUGAAGCUCAGUUCAAGAAAAUGCUAUCUAUUGAUGAUUAUAUUGAAAGGAAAAAUAAAAUGAUGCGUAAUUUCAGCAGCUCAGUUAAUGAGAUCAAGAUGCUGGCUAAGAAGAAUAAGUCUCUGAAGACUUCUCAGAAGGAAAAUCUAAAUACUAAUUCCAAGGUACCUUCCAGUUCCAGAGGGCUUUUAUUAAGUCCCCCUCCUCAAAGGCAUAGGCUUUCUGCCACAGGGACUCCAUUAAAACUGUGGCAUUCAAUACGCAAUUCUCCUGGCACUGCAAAUAAAAGUAUUUUAUCUCAAAAAUCAUCAGCCAGCCUUUCUACAACUAAAAUGAAUGUCAGAUUCUCUGAAUCCACAAAGGACAAUGAAGACAAGCGUUCCCUUAUCAAGACUCCAUCUAGAAAAUCUCCAUUUCUGAAAAUCUGCACCCCAGAUAAUCAGAAAAGCAGCGAAUGUAUAACUGGAAAGGACUCCAAAGGAAGAGCAAUGAACUCUCAGUCAACAGGAACUCCAGCAAAUUCUGCUGUCACUCCCUUCAAGUUUAUAAAUCAGACUGUAGAACCCACAAGCACCAAGAAACCAGUAUUUGAUCUACAAGCAAGUCUGUCAAGACCACUUAAUUAUCAGCCACACAAAGGAAAACUGAAACCAUGGAUCAACCCUAGUGAGAAUCACCAGAGGCUGUAUUCUCACAAGAAAUACUACAAAGAGCCACCACUUCAAACCAGAGAUGAGAGACGGGAGAAACACAUACAAGGAAGAAAACAAAGAAAAGACCAGAAGCUUAGCACACUGAGGAGACUGACUGCUGUUUAAAGUUAACUCUCAAAUUGUUCUAUAGAUAAUCUUAAUAUUCAAAAUCUUUUUCUUGUAAAUAAUUUUUGUCUGUGCACUGAAGUACUUAAGCUGUCUAUUCUGAGUAAUCUUAUUUUAAUAUGAGCAUAGAACAUUAGUGCUACUAAAUUCAGUUAUUCAGCAGGUGAUACUGCUGUCUUAGCAGGCUUAGAAACACUUUUAGAAGGGCAGCUAUCUUCUCUCAAAUCUUUGCUUAGUAUAUACCUUAACUAUAUCCUAGAUUGUCUGGAAACAUACACUUUUUCAACAACUGGAUCAAAAGUUUAUUGUAUUAGACAAUACAAUCUUCUGGAAAUAUGGCAAGUUUUAAAUUCACUUAAUGAGAAACCGCUUUUUAUAAAAAUGUCUUAAUUUACUCCUAAUUAAAAUAAUUGUGUUUACAGAUAAAAGUUCAUUUUAAUUUUACUACUAUACAGCUUUGCCAUGUGUUGUCAACUGUUCUCCAUCAACCUUUUUUCAUUAUAUAUGUACUGUGAUGAGAUUUUUCUUUUUAAAGUAAAAUUGAUGAUUUAAUUGGUAUUUCAAAAAGAAAACCUAGCACAGCUAACUUUAUGACAGAAAUAAAAACCUAUCUUCUAUACUCCAACUGAGGAAAAUAGGAGAAUACAUAUUGGAGAAAAAAGGUUUCUAAACUGAUUUCAGAAUAUACAUAGUUAUCCUAAACAUUUUUUUUCCUUAUACAGUGGUGCUUAAAAGUUUGUGAACCCAUUUAGAUUUUCAACAUUUCUACAUAAAUAUGAUCUAAAAUGUCAUCUGUUCUCCACACAAGUCCAAAAACUAGAUAAAAGAAUCUAAUUAAACAAAUGAGUCAAAAACAUUAUACCUGUUCAUUUAUUUAUUGAGGAAGCACACUGUAGAAGAUCAAAUGAAGUUCUUGUACCAUAAUCAUAAAAUGCUGGUUUCCAGGCAGGACAAAUUUGUCCACUAAUUACUGACACCUAUGAUAAUAAUGGAUUAGCUUGAUCAAUCAUCAAUUAUACUUCUGGGACACAUCUGGGAAAAAUCAUUAGGAAAGAAGACCAAGCCACUUAUACAACAGAGGUUAAGAAGAGAUUUUGGAGAGUUGUAUCGAGCAGUAGUUAGUCUCUUAAGUAGGCUGUUCAUACCCAUUUUCUCUCCUGGCGUCAUCUAUAUCAGAGUACUUGCUCACGUUAACUUAAACUCUACCUUUAGAAGAUAAUCUGCAUCUCAACUAACUUGAUGAAAAGGACUGCCUUUUGUUUUUACAGCAGGUUUUUCAAACAUCAUCUAGUAGAAAUCUUCUGAGAUAGAUUCUUUCCCUUCACCUUUCUGUAACUCUUACACAAAUGCCUUGAGUUAUGACUAAAAUAUAAAUAUAUUUUAUUUAAAUGUUAAUUUACCUGGCAUAAAUCAUGUUGGUAUUUGAACUCCAAGGCAACCAAAGUGUUGGCUGUAGUAAUAAUUUCAGAAAUACUGUAUUAUUACUUGGAGGAAGAAACACCAAUAACCUAUGCUAUGCUGGUGACACUGUCCUGAUAGUCAAAAAUGCAAAGGAACUGCGAGCUCUAGUAAUAAAAAUUAAGGAACAAAGUGAAAAAAAUGGGACUAAAAUUAAAU